AUGGGCUUCGAGUACACUUGUCGCUUUGCCGUUAUCCAAGAAACGUUCCCAGUCUUUGAUAUCAGAGCUGCUUGUAUUAAAGAUCCUGUGGAAACGAUCCCCAUCUGGCAGAACAAACCCCAUGGCUCAGCACGCAGCGUUGUCAGGAGGAUCGGGUCAAACCUCCCUUUAAAACCCUGUCCCAGAGCAACCUUUGAGGUUCUACCAAAUGUUUCGGAGCUCUACUUAAAUGACGUCCCUCCAGUCCCCACCUUGGCAGACAUUGUGUGGAUAGCAGCAGAUGAUGAAGAAACGUAUGCCAGAGUCAGAAGUGACACUCGCCCGCUGAAGCACAAGUGGAAGCCGAGUCCCUUCACCGUUAUACAGCGAAAUGCUUCAGUCCCCAACCUGAGGAAGCAGGAGGAGAAGCUGCUCGCCUUGAAGAAACCUGGUUUACCAGCACUGAGCCGAACAACAGAGCUCCAGGAUGAGCUGAGUCACCUUCGGAGUCAGAUAGCUAAAAUAGUCGCUGCAGAGUCAGCUUCUGCUUCGUUAACACCAGAUUUAUUAUCUCCAGGAAGUUCAAAUGCAUCUUCUCCUUUACCUUGUUUUGGACCCUCUUUCCAAUCUACAACUUCCUUUGUCAUUAGCGAUAUCACGGAGGAGGAGGCAGAACUCGAAAGCCCCGAGCUCCCGUCAGUCUCCAUGCUUUGUUCUGCAACCUCCGAGUGUUGUAAACCAGAACCAAAGGAUCCUGACGAGGAAGAUUCUGUGUCUCUCUCGAAGGCCAGCAGUUUUGCAGAUAUGAUGGGCAUUCUUAAAGACAUCCAUAGGAUGAAGCAGAGCAAAGACUUAAGCCGAACUUCAAUGAAGGAGGAGGACCCAGCCAUUCUUAUAGCAGAAGUUCUGAGAAGAAAAUUUGCCCUAAAGGAUGAAGAUGUGGUCCUGAAGGAGAAAUGA